CACGAUAUCGUCAUUCGCUGCGGCCUCGCCCGCAGUACGUAUGCGUAUGUGCAUUUCCAGUACAAGCCUUUCAGCAUGGUUCUCCUUCACGGAUCCCUCUCGUGUCUGACAUACUUCUGUUGUCUGUCGUUCAGGUAGAAGUCCAACACUCUGAGUUGUUUCAUUGGCUCGUAGCCCUGAUCGCAGCUGCUGGUGCCUUCGCAGUCGUCAAUGCCUCAGGUGAUGCUGUUGCUGAAAGUACGAGUGCUAACCCUCUCACAUGUAACAUUGAGACAGUAAUGGCGAGAAUCUCAGAAGAAGCAGAGCCAUCGCUCUAUUUCAAGUGUGAGGGUGAUAUGAAGUUGAACCCCGAAAGAACAUUGCAGCUAUACAGUGAUGCGGCAUGCUCUACAAAAGCCCAGCUGACUAACCUCCUCAAUGAAGCCACACUGAGCUGUCCAGCUGAAGAAGGCUUCAUCAGCGGCGAGCUACACGCAACUGAUGUCUACAAGAUUACCGUCCCGAAGGCCCCAGACACACCAAUAACCCUCUGCUACAAGUGCGAGCAGUCGACGGUUCCGGAAAAAGAGAACCAGCGAACUGCUCCCACAGCAGCGGCAGCUGCAUCACUACCAGCAACAACAGAACGAAGAAAUGCACCACAAGCACCGGCACCAGCCCCUGUAAAGAAAGAGUGUAAAAUCGUUAUCACAGUCGAAGCUGCUACAAAACAUACAACUACGCCUCCUCCAACCACAUCAUGUGCCAAUGUCUCCUCAGCUGCAACUGGGGCUCCUCAAGAAUCAUCAAGCACUGCCACUUCCAACCACAUCGCUGUGACUGUAGUGCUCGGCACUGCCGUUACUUACAAGCUUAUUUUCCAUAACUGGCCACAGAAGAAAAGGGAUCAGUGA